AUGUCGUUGUCGGAAGCACAGCGGCUGAUGAUCAGUGCUUACCUGCAAUCGGCAGAGCAAGGCAAACUCGUCCAGACAGUGGAUGCUUUGCACGACUACCUACUCCAGGAGGGCCUUGCCUGGAAACAGGUGCUGCGAUGCGAUUGCAUAGGUGUGCACGAAGAGAAUCGAGAUGGUUUAGGGCUGUCGGCGGGACAUGUUGCUGACCUUGUGUCGAACAUCUCCAGCAUCGGAUUCUCGGCGGCCGAGUUUCGAGGAGUGGCUAUCGAAAUUCCACCAACCGCAGAAGGAGAGGCACUUCGAAGCUUCAACCGCAAGGUCACCGAGGAGAGCAAUGGGAGACUGGCUCCUGCAAACAACUUGCGAUUUGCAAGCAUUGUAGGUUCGCACGCGAACCAGGCGGCGAGAUGUUUCUGGUUCCAAGUUCCCCAUUCCGACGACAAGCUCACAGUCGACAAUCGCCUUUCUCUUGAAAAAUUGAAGGUCGUGGAUGCCAGUUGGCAUCGUGCCAUCAUGGAGGGCAUGCAAUGGUUGAUUAUCUCGCAUGCCGUGCCUGCUGAAUUCCAGCAGUACACAGGCCUCGCCCAAGCAGCGGGCAACUCUGCCAUGCAGAUAGCAUCGGCAGAAGGAGAAGUGCAGCUGGCCAGGAAGGUUAAUGUGGCCAUGGCUAAGUUCUUGAAGCGAACAUCGAAAUCAACCGUGAACUACGGAGACAUCUCUCAGGAGAUCCUCCGAAGCAAACCGCCCAAUGCUUCAUGCCUGCCACACAUCUUCUCAUUCGUCUUGAAGUGUGGUGGUGGUUCGGGCGAGGAGAGUUUCCUCUCGAGGACAGAACGGUAUGUUCGUGCUUCGGGCCGUUCGAAUCGAGCCCUCGGUGGCGACAUUUGGCAUGCACUUUCGCAGGACUGUAAAGGCAGCGAGCAGCACGUGCCAUUUAGGCACAUGCUGAUCAAGCUGGGCCUCUGCGGCCCCGAGAAAGCCAUCACCUUGACAGACUGCAAGCGAGCUCUGUCAGCGAAGGAGGUACUGGCCAAUGUUGGCAAAGCCGAAGCCGUGCUUGUCGAGGUGCAGCGGCUGCUGCAAGGCAUCGCCAACGUGGAGUCGGUGUUGGGGGAUCUCGAGGUUGAGCUGGCCGCCAUUGUGCUCCAGAAGAAGAAGAUUGCCAAACACGAGAGCAUCGAGGAUGCUGCCGGGACGUUCCUUGAAAAGUGCGGUUGGUCGUGGCUCGUGGCUGGAUCUGUGUAUGCAUGGACUUUGCGGCUCUACGACGACACAGGGAAGCUUCUAUCCAACUCGCGAGUCGUGGACCUGGGGUUUCAGCCCGGGAAGGAAGUGAUCCGAAAGGCCGACGACGUGAAGGGCACCAUCAUCGAGAUUACCGCCGACAAAGUUCGUCUCAAGCUGACCAAUGGCAAGGAAUACGAGGCAUCCUCACAAUCUUUCGUGGACAACAAGUGGAAGAUCUUCGUGCCCAAGGUGGACCCCGUGUUAUUCAAGGAAUGGACCAAGUAUGGCCCUUUGAGAAGUGAAGAAUUUGUCAUCUCAGUGAUCAAGGGCCUGGCUUACCGGUGUAUGUACGACCAGUACGAGUCGUUGAAGGUGGAUGACCUUGACGUGUUCUUAAAACCGAGCAAGGACGUGCAGGUGAAGAAGAGCUACAACACGAACAUCUUGAAGCUCCCCAUCGCCACGGCCAGAGUUCAUGUUGGUGAGACGGUGCCCGCCGGAGCAGUGCAGUUGGCUGUGUUGGCUGCAGGAGCAAGCAGCAAAGUGACCCAGGUGAUGUCCAUGCAGGGUUAUUUCCAAGGUCCCAAGACAGACUCCUCCCAGGGCUUCAUCAAUCCAGUAUGGCUGAUGAAGAGCACAACGGAUCGGAAUGAGGCCAACAUGGAGCUGCACUGGACGAGCAAGGCCGCCAGCAGCCAAAAGUUGACGUGCAAAUCCGCCUCCAUGGUUCUCCCGAUUGUCCGCAAUUUUGUCAAGCUCGAUGCAGGCGAUAGCUUGGUGCUAUGGAGGCCCGAGAUGGGCAAAACCGAAACGAUCGAGACUCUGCAGCCCGUGACCAAGAAGGCCCGAAAGUAA